UCAGCAUCCCUCGUGAUGCGGUUGGUGUGCUCACUGCGCAUGCGCCGAGGCUGUCACGACUCGGACGCUGCUGCAGGUGGAAACAUGGCGAUGAAGGCGCUCAGAGGGAUGGUGAACGGGGCCAUGAGCGAGCUCUCCUCGGCCGUCAGCGGGAACAAAGCUCCGGCCGCCGCUCCGGCCGCCUCCCGGGAGCAUGUGAUGGCCGUGAGCCGGGACUAUAUAUCCCAGCCCCGCCUCACCUAUAAAACAGUGUCCGGAGUCAAUGGUCCGCUGGUGAUUUUGGAUCAGGUGAAGUUUCCGAGGUACGCCGAGAUCGUCCAUCUCACCCUGCCUGAUGGUACCAAGAGGAGCGGGCAGGUGCUGGAGGUCACCGGCUCCAAAGCUGUGGUGCAGGUGUUUGAGGGGACUUCAGGUAUCGAUGCCAAGAAGACCAGCUGUGAGUUUACAGGAGACAUCUUGCGGACGCCUGUCUCCGAGGACAUGCUGGGUCGUGUGUUUAAUGGAUCUGGUAAACCUAUCGACAGAGGACCCACAGUCCUGGCUGAAGACUUCUUGGACAUCAUGGGCCAGCCUAUAAACCCUCAGUGUCGUAUCUACCCCGAGGAGAUGAUCCAGACCGGCAUAUCUGCCAUCGAUGGCAUGAACAGCAUCGCCAGAGGGCAGAAAAUACCCAUCUUCUCUGCUGCAGGGCUACCACACAAUGAGAUCGCAGCUCAGAUCUGUCGGCAGGCCGGUUUGGUGAAGAAGUCCAAGGACGUGAUGGACUACAGCGAGGACAACUUUGCCAUCGUAUUUGCAGCCAUGGGGGUGAACAUGGAGACAGCCAGGUUCUUUAAGUCUGACUUCGAGGAGAACGGUUCCAUGGACAACGUGUGUUUGUUCCUCAACCUGGCCAACGACCCCACCAUCGAGCGAAUCAUCACGCCUCGCUUAGCUCUGACAUCAGCAGAGUAUCUGGCCUAUCAGUGUGAGAAGCACGUCCUCGUCAUCCUCACUGAUAUGAGCUCCUACGCGGAGGCUCUCCGAGAGGUGUCUGCAGCCAGAGAGGAGGUGCCGGGCCGGCGAGGUUUCCCUGGCUACAUGUACACGGAUUUGGCCACCAUCUAUGAGAGAGCUGGCAGAGUAGAGGGACGUAAUGGCUCCAUCACCCAGAUCCCCAUCCUCACCAUGCCCAAUGACGACAUCACCCAUCCUAUUCCUGACCUGACUGGUUACAUCACUGAGGGACAAAUCUACGUGGACAGACAACUUCACAACAGACAGAUUUAUCCUCCCAUCAACGUGCUGCCGUCUCUCUCUCGUCUGAUGAAAUCUGCCAUCGGGGAGGGAAUGACCCGCAGAGACCACUCUGAUGUUUCCAACCAGCUCUAUGCGUGUUAUGCCAUAGGGAAGGAUGUCCAGGCCAUGAAGGCAGUGGUGGGGGAGGAGGCUCUGACAGCUGAUGACCUGCUCUAUCUGGAGUUCCUGACCAAGUUUGAGAAAAACUUCAUCUCCCAAGGUGCCUACGAGAACAGGAGCGUGUUUGAGACGCUGGACAUCGGAUGGCAGCUCAUGAGGAUCUUCCCCAAAGAGAUGCUGAAGAGGAUCCCUCAGAGCACCUUAGCCGAGUUUUACCCCCGAGAAGCCAAACGUUAACUCACACACUCAUCGGUAUCUCUACCAGUCCUGCCGCUUCCAUCUGUUCAGUGAAGUCUCACUGCAUACAUACAGUAUAGUGUGAUCUACUACAUAUGAUGUGAUGCUGUAACCGUCCUGACGCUUGUGACGUUCAUGUGGCCUUGGCAACAAACCAUUCCCGCUUAAACAACCCGAAACACGGAGAGGAAAAUACUCCAACAUACACAGGUGUUUGUGUGUGUGUGUGCAGUGUGAAUGUAAAGAGUGUAGAGGAAGGGAACAACGUGUCUUUAAUGUGUGUGUGGGUGAUGAUGAUGAUGACAUUUUGAUUAUAGUGUCUAUAAUUAGCAAAGUCCAAAAAUAAACAAAGUAAUUCACAUAACGUCUACCAUCAGGUAGAAACCCCCUGUAAAAUGUGAAUUGUUGUUUUUACACUUUGGUUUCUGUAGGGAUUAAACAAAUAAUUAAUCAGCGAGCUUUAGAGUUGGUAGGUUCGGUUUUGUUACCUUCGGACAGAACCAGGCUGUUUCCAGUCUUUGUGCUAAGCUAACCGACUGCUGGCUCCAGCUACAUACAGACAUGAAGUGGUAUCAAUCUGAAUACCUAACUGUCGGCGUAUUUCCCAAAAUGUCAAACUGGUCCUUUAAAGGUAGAAGAAGAAGAAGACUGCUAGCAAGCAAACAUGAUUGGAAACAAUGCAGAUUUCAAAACAUGCAUAAAAUCAGCUCAGAAAUAUAAACCGUUUGUUUAGUUUGUAGUUUGAAAACUUCCCGGUGAAACUUUAACAUCAGUGUUUCGUUGUCCUCUCUGGUUGAAAGCACUGCUGGCUGGGGUUGGGUGUGGUCAGAAGCGUUGCACCUGUAACCACACCCAACAGUGAUGUCACAGUGUCCUGGAGUACACCUGUACAUCACUGCAGCAAGGCGAGAAGUUUAACCUCUGGAGGUCAGCGAGGACAAGAUUUUUAGGGGGUGUUAAGUUACUCUUUAAUAUGCACAUAUGUCCUUAAGGUUGAUAUUUUCAGAUCGUUUAAGUAUUCCUGUAGAUAUAAAACAUAUCGGCCUCGUCAAGAACAGAGUAAAGCUGUCAGCCCGCUGUGCGAUUUACUCAAAAAUAAACACUUUGCUAUUUGUUCUUUAAAGGCUGAAGUAAAGCUUUACCAUGCAGCUGUUGAGUCAACAUUUCUCUGUCUAAACACACUGCAGCUGCUGCACGAGUAACAGUCUCACCCCAAAAGUUUGAUGACAGGCGUGUGUGCUCAUUAAAAUGUUUUUCUCUUGUCCGUCAGCGCACAUGUCCUUGUGCAUGCCGUACGAUGGUGACACUGUGUCAUGUACUGCCAUGGGCUACAAGGCCUCGUUUGGAAGAAUGCGAUUUUUCCAUUUGACACUAGCUUUGAUACUUUUCAAGAAAGCCACGUCUGUAGUGGGAGAGCCAGAAGAUUAAGAAUUAUAUUAGAGCAUUUUAAUGAUGAUGAUACGUGUGAGGAAGCUGUGUGGGUUUAAAUGAAAUGUCCCAUCAUUCCUUUACCUCUUGAUGUUGUCGUGGUUUCUUUAAAUUAGCAUCGUUUUAUUCUGCUGCCAAAAGCUUGAAGUGAUGAUUGUGUUUCAUGUUUUCUGUGUAUGUGUUAUUUUUAAGUUCUCAGCCAUGAAGUGUCUACAAACGAUGUAUUUCUGUUUGAACAGUGUGUGCAUAUUGACUGGAUAUAUUAAUCAGCUUGCAUGCAUUGUUGAAUGUUUCCUGUUGGUGCCUCAAGUAUCAUGAAAUAAAAGCUGCUGUCUCUGAUUA